AUGCGGCUCUUAAAUGUCUCAACUCUCUCUCUGCAAGAGUUCGCCGGCCGGAUUCCUCCAUAUGCAAUACUCAGUCACACGUGGGGUGAACAGGAAGUCCUCUUCAGCGACAUCGGUACUGCAGCUGCCGCCUCCAAACAAGGCCAUGCCAAACUCACUGGCUGCUGUAGGAAAGCAGCUCAAGAUGGCUUCGAUUGGGUUUGGAUAGAUACCUGCUGCAUCGACAAGUCCAGCAGUGCUGAGCUGUCUGAAGCUAUCAACUCUAUGUACUGUUGGUACCAGAGGGCAACUGUUUGUUAUGCUUACUUGGAGGAUGUGACCGACCACACUCUUACGCUGGCCUUUCCCGUCGUCGAGUUUUACAAAAGCAGGUGGUUCACCCGAGGAUGGACUCUGCAAGAACUGAUCGCGCCCCAGAUCGUGGAGCUCUGUUCCAAAGAAUGGAGCGUCAUUGGCACCAAGAGAAGUCUCGCCUCAGGAAUAGGCAGUGUCACAGGAAUACCUAUCUCAGUGCUGCGUGGAGCGAACCCUUCUACAUACAAUAUCGCCGAGCGAAUGUCAUGGGCAUCAGCUAGAACCACCACGAGGGAGGAAGACUUGGCGUACUGCCUUCUAGGCUUGUUCAAUGUCAACAUGCCUCUUCUCUACGGCGAAGGAUCAAAGUCGUUUCUUCGGCUACAGGAGCAGAUCCUUAGACAGGAAGAGGACUACAGUAUCUUUGCGUGGACACUACAACAAGACAGUGAUCCCGUCAAUCAUUAUGUUCGCGCAACAGGAUUCCUGGCUUGGUCACCUUCGCAAUUCUCCAAGGGAGGACACAAGUCACAGAACUUGAGAAAUCAUAUGCUUAUCGAACCUCCCGAGGAGGCACAAGGGGGUCGAGAACCAGUGUAUCAAGUCCUUCAGCACAAAGAUUAUGACCGUAUGUACCGAAGCUUCGAUAGCAUCAAGGCCAUGAGAACAGCUCCCAACCCUCCAGAACUCACAAGUCGUGGUCUCCGUAUCAGUCUUCCUAUCAUGGCGCCCACAAACUGCUCUCUAUCGACCCCCUCCCUGGCAUGGCUAUUUUACGAGGUGCAAGAUCUUUUGAUUUGUGUUUUUCUCGAGCACAAUCGCGAGACUUUGGCCCAGAUAUACUGUAGAGCAAAGUCCAUGUGUCUCGUUGGCGUGCCAAAAUCACUUCUCAACCACUUCGAGUCGACCGAGCUGUUCAUUUACCCAAGUGGUUAUUUCACGGAUAGUAGCAUCGCAUACUCUCCGACUCCAAUCUUCUCUUCCAAAAGAGUAAAAGUGCUGUUGAAGAUGCAGUCAACCAAGAUAUCUUCCCUCGAUGUCUUUCUGGCCUAUCCCAACAACGAGUGGAUGAAGCGAGAGACAUCGAUGCACGACGCUUCAUUCAGGGUUCUCUGGAUUCGCUGCACGCAAGGCUCACACUCUUCACUGUUUAGAAUCGACUUCGCGGUAUCGAACGAGAAUGCUUCAUGUUCAAUGCGCGAAUUGCCUGAUUCUCAGACCAGUGACAAAAUAGACGAGAGUCGCAAGAGUACCCUCUUCCGCGCAUGUGUGCAGUACAAAAAGUCCUUCCUUGCUUAUACAGAUCGCGUUGUAAAAAGGUCGGCCAAAAUACCUGAGACGGUCUUCUCGGUUGCUUUGAAUCGGAAACCAACUUCCAAAGAGGACUUUGUGCUGUAUGACAUGAUGGUCGACGCAUGGGAUGUGGUCAAGUGCCCGAGCUGGGUUCAGUUGAGUCUGAUGCAUGAUCAGAAAGAAUCUGACGAUGGCUUGUGA